GAGAUGAGACGCCCGUUGAAAAUGAUUUGACACUUCUUAGUUAAAUGUGUUAUCUGUACCUACGGAUAACCUAUUGAGCUAUAAUAUUUUACGAGUUGUGAAUUCUCUCGUUUGGAUAAUUAUUGAAUCGAAAUGAAUCUGUAUCUACUGCUUAUAACCUUCAGUCUAGUAAAUGGUGACACUAGAAACAACAUGUUACCAAACCGAACUACAAUAGUCCAUCUGUUCGAAUGGAAGUGGAGAGAUAUCGCUGAUGAGUGUGAAAGAUUUCUCGGCCCAAAAGGAUUUGGAGGAGUGCAGAUAUCACCUCCAUCCGAGAAUCUGAUUAUUAACACAGGCGAUAAAGGUAGAACUUGGUACGAGCGCUAUCAAGUUAUGUCAUACAAGCUUACCACACGUUCCGGGAAUCGAUCAGAACUCUUAGAUAUGACAAGGAGGUGUAACAGAGUUGGCGUAAGGAUUUACGCAGACGUUGUGGUCAACCAUAUGACAGGUUCCCAAACUGAUAAUAAAGGAACUGGUGGCAGUACUGCUAACUUUGAUAAAUAUGAUUACCCUGGCGUGCCUUAUAAUGCAUCUCACUUUCACCAUCCUUACUGUGAAAUAAAUAACUAUUAUGAUGCAAGUGAGGUCAGAGAUUGUCAAUUACUCGGAUUGAAGGAUUUAAAUCAAACCGAAGAGUAUGUGAGAAGAAAAAUAGUCAAAUAUUUUAAUACUCUCAUCAAACUUGGCGUUGCGGGAUUCAGAGUAGACGCAGCCAAACACAUGUGGCCGAAUGAUCUCAAAGAGAUUUAUAAGAGGCUCGAUAAUCUCAAUCCCGCAUUCGGAUUUGCGGCAGACGCGAAACCUUAUAUUUACCAAGAGGUGAUUUAUUACGGCAAUGAACCUAUCCGUCCGGAGCAGUACACGCCCCUUGGAGAUGUCACUGAAUUUAGAGUUGGUAGCGAACUGAAAAAUGUAUUUCGUGGUGAUAACGCUAUGAAGUGGCUGAUAUCAUGGGGCCCACAUUGGGGCCUGUCGCCAAGUGAAACUGCACUUGUCUUCAUCGACAAUCACGACACGCAGCGAAGUAACGAUGUGUUGACAUAUAAAGAAGCUAGGGCUUAUAAGGCAGCCAUAGCUUUUACGCUGGCACACCCAUACGGGAACCCUCGUGUGAUGAGCAGUUACUUCUUUGAAGACAGUGAUCAAGGUCCUCCUAGUGAUGACAAAGAGAACAUCGUAUCGCCGAGUAUUAACGACGACAACACAUGCGGCGGAGGCUGGGUCUGCGAGCAUCGAUGGCGUCAGAUCUACCAAAUGGUGGCUUUCAGGAACACUGUUAACAAAUCUCCCAUACUAAAUUGGUGGGAUGACGGCAACAAACAAAUUGCCUUCGGAAGGGGUGAUAUGGGAUUUGUCGUGAUUAAUGGUGAUUUAACCGACUUGUAUCAAACGUUACAGACAGGUUUACCAGCUGGCGCGUACUGCGAUAUUAUUACUGGUGAAAAAAUCGGCGCAGAGUGUACGGGCCGCAAAAUAAAUGUUGAUAACAACGGUCUAGCUGAUUUCUUUAUAGCUAAAGAUGCUGAGGAUAUGCACUUGGCUAUACAUGUUGGACCAGAGUCAAGAAUUUAUUAACAUGUUCAACUCGAUACGACCCGCCGAAUCUGCACAUCCGUAAUUUUCAUCAACUAAAAUCCAAGAAAGUACUUCGACAAGCGUUAAAUCGGAUUAAGAAUGUCUACGAAAGGAUAUUUUAAUUAUGUUAUUGCAUUUUAUAUAUAACUUGAAAUA